AUGUAUGCAAUGAUCAGCGAAAGGAUGGAUGUGUUGAAGAGUCGCUUCUUAGCGACGGAACAACUCAUUGACGACCAUUUGGUGUCGUCUGCGGUCUCGGAGUCGCAGUUAAGACGAGUUUCGCGGCUUUUGGUCGGUUUGCGCGCAGAAGUGGACGGUUUGAGUGCAGUGUUGGUCGCCGUUGAAGACGACAAUGAAAACGAGUUAAUCGCUCGCGAAUCGCAUUUGAAGACAAUUCGCAGACAACUGUUGGCCACCGAAGAAGACAAACCGCAAUCGGAUGACCACGACGUGCGCCACGACUCGAGACCCGCAAUGAAGUCGACUCUGGGAUCAGUUGGACGGAAGGGCGGCAGAAAAGUGUCGGAAAUAAGAUUCAAAUGUAAUUACCAUUUGUGCGGAAAGGCGUAUAAAACGAGCGCCGGAUUUGUGGCACAUUUGAAGAGAUUUCACUCAAAGCCACAAAUGUCUGCAAACGCUGUGAAGAAGAAGAGGAAGUGUCCGAAGCUAAAGUGCGUCUAUUGUGGCGCCGGUAUUACAACGUGCAGGGAAAGGGAGGGCUCGGCUUUGCGGCCAAACCAGAGCUCGGGAGUCGACUGUUGGGUCGGACCCGCGUCUGAAGGGAAGAGUGGUUCGCAAGCGGAAGCCGAGAGUCACUAUAAUUGUCGACAACUGCUUAAAGUAUUGCUGAAGAGAAGCAUUGCUUUCAUUUCUUUUGGUGACACCUUUUCAGUGAAAGUCUUAUCUCUUUUGGCGAUCAAAAGAAUGGCGCCUCUUGUGCUCAAACAGUUGUGGAUCCUAUUGUGGAAGUCAUGGAUUAUCCGAAAGAGGCAUUGGGUGUCCGCCCUCUUCGAACUCCUCUUCCCCAUCGCCCUCACUCUCAUCAUGGCUUACGUGCGAUACAACACCACAAAAGGCCAGUCGCUGGACAGACAGGAGUCGUGGACGGGUCCCGUGCUCUUCGACAGAGCCGAUCAGCAGAAGAACUUCUCGAUCGCCGACCUGUUCUGGGCGGGAGAGGGAACCAAUAGGAGCCGCUACUCUGUGUUCUACGCGCCCAACAACUCGGCGACGAACGAGUUUAUGCGGGAAUUCGAAAGCAAAUACCGGUUGAAAGCCGUGAAGGGCUUCAGCACUGCCGACGAGUUGGCGACAAAACUCUACAAAUCGGAGGAAGAGAAGUAUGAAUACGGCGUUGAGUUCAUCGAAAAGCCGGACUCAAAGCAGAGCUUGAAAGUCAAGAUUCGCGUCAAAAACGACGAAAUGGUGAAAUUAGUGAAGCAGACGUUCGCCGACGAUAUGGCCACUAAACCGACUGGAGAUUCGACCACUUAUGAGGACGGCUUCACUUCCCUUCAAAUAGCGCUCAGCGAACGCUUCGUCGAACAACUGAUGGCCGGAAAGGCGAGGGAUCUGGAAGUGAGUCAAGUGUCCACUCAUCGCAUCCCUUAUCCCAAAUAUCUGGAGAUCUCUGGAAACGAAGGAGGCUUGUCUGGCGUGCAAAUGGCGGGAAUGAUGAUAGUGACGGGUUAUGUCAUAAUUUGUCCGCUGAUUGUCAAACGAAUCACCGACGAGAAGGUGGCCAAAGCCAAGGAAAUGCUGCGAAUGAUGGGAAUGAGUGAUUGGGUCUUUUGGGGCUCGCAUUUCAUCAGCUUCUUCGUCGUGAUGGUCGUCCAGAGCGCUGUCAAUACUGUGCUCUACAUCUACGGCUUCGGAGCCCUGCCGUAUGUCCUCUACUCGAACGGUUGGAUCUUCUUCGUGGCGCUCGUCCUCUUCAACAUUACGUCAAUCCUGUCGUCAAUGGUGUUGACGACAGUCUUCAACCGUCCAAUCAUUGCAGUCGUCGUCUCUGUGCUGCUCUUCAUGCUCUCGCAAUCGGUUCCGAUGAACCUCUUGGACCCCACCUAUAACGCCAACCUCGACAUCGAGGCCACCCAUCCGUGGCGAAUACUCACGUGUAUGUUACCGAACGCAGCCAUGGGCUGGAUCUUCGGCCUGAUGUCCAAAUGCGAGUCCAACGGCUACGGAGUCUCCUGGAAUAAUCUGUGGGACGAAGUGCCCAAUUUCGGACACAUGAGCGUCGGAUACGUCAUGUUAUUGCAGUUCAUUUCCAUCUUCUUCUACGGUCUCCUCAUUUGGUACGUCGACAACGUGUGGCCGUUUCAGUUCGGAAUUCCCAAACCCCUCCACUACCCCUUCCUGCCAUCCUAUUGGCUGCCCAACAGAGACCACAAUCGCACGGCACCGGUAGACAACUCCGCUGUCGACCACAACGCCAAUCACUUCGAGAGAGAGCCGACGAACGCGAAAGUAGGCAUUAAGUGUCAACACUUGCGUAAAGUCUUUCGCGGCGUAAAGAAAGUGGCCGUCAAUGACGUGUCGCUCAACAUAUACUGCGGACAGAUAACUGUACUGUUGGGACACAACGGCGCCGGCAAGACCACCACCAUGAACAUGAUCACCGGCAUCUUCCCGCCCUCGCAGGGAACUGCCCUCAUUGACGGCUACGACAUUCGCACGGAGACGAAGGAGGCGCGCAGAAGUAUGGCGUUGUGUCCUCAGGAUAACAUUGUAUACAACGAGCUGUCGGUUGCGGAACACCUGAGACUUUACGCCGUACUCAAGGACCACCCGACUGCAGACAUAGACCGCGAAGUGGAUCACAUUCUGGGCGUCAUUUCGUUGGCCGACAAACGCAACGCAUUGGCCAAUCAGCUGUCGGGAGGAAUGAAACGCAAACUGUGUCUGGGGAUCGCAAUGGUGGCCAACUCCAAGAUCCUGAUCCUCGACGAGCCCACGAGUGGAAUGGAUCCCGAGGCCAGACGUCACAUCUGGGAUGUGCUGCAGAACAUCCGUGAGGAGCGCACUAUUCUUCUGACCACUCAUUACAUGGAAGAGGCGGACCUGAUCCGUGUCUUUGCGCAGCAAUUGGGCGAUCGGAUCGCGAUUAUGAGCGAAGGCGGCGUCAAGUGUUGCGGAACUCCGAUGUUUCUGAAGAAGGCGUUCGGCGCCGGCUAUCAGUUGCGGAUCGCGAAGGGAUCGAAAUUCUCGGCUCAAAAAGUGCUGUCAAUUGUGAGACAAUAUCUGCCGAACGCUUCCAUCAAAAGCGAAAUCCAUUCGGAAAUCAUUUAUUCGUUGGAAAGCGACGACAAAACGGACGAAACGCAGAAUUCGAGUCCUCUUUUGGCGCAACUCUUCUCGCAAUUGGAGUCCAGAAAAGCGGAACUGGAUGUCGACACGUGCGGACUCACUGUCACCACAAUGGAGGAUGUCUUCAUUCGCGUGGGCAAUGAGUUCGAGGCGCCAGAUGUCGCGCUCAACGGACACCACGGCUCCAAACAGACGCUGGACGUCGACUCCAAUGACAUUCUGUUCGCCACCGUCGAGAAGAACACGGGAUUCGCGCUUUGGUUCCAACACUUCAGAGCUCUGUUUCUUAAGCGCUUCCACUUCGCCAAACGCUACUGGCCUAUGGUUGUGCUCCAGUCUGUCGUUCCCGGCCUUCUCUUCAUGUUCCAUCAAGAAGAGUCUUGGGCUCUGUUUCUGAAGCGCUUCCACUUCGCCAAACGCUACUGGCCUAUGGUUGUGCUCCAGUCUGUCGUUCCCGGCCUUCUCUUCAUGUGUAUUCUUCUGUUGGAUCAGUCCAUCAAGAAGAGUCUGGUCGAAGAGGUCAGAGACUUGAAUUUGAGUUCAAACCUCUACGGAAAGACCGACGGCUUCAUCAGAUCUUCGGUCGAUUCGUCGCUGACCUCUGCGUACGAGUCGGUGGCCAAAACUCGACAACAAGUGUCCGUCACUCCCAUCACAGAGAAUCCCAACAAUUGGACGCUUCGCGACCCGAAACUCGUUGCAGACAUUCCCCGAUAUCUGAAGACUUAUUUGAUGGGCGCAGAGAUCAGCGGCGAGAAGAAGAAGUUGCAGUUGACGCCGUGGUAUAACAAAGAGGGCGUCCACUCUUUGCCACAAUCGCUGAACCUGUUGUACGAAUCGCUUCUGCAGUAUUUGCUUCCCGACGAGAAGCCCACCAUUGAGAUCCACAACCAUCCCGUCGCCUCCGACCACACGAUGACAGCCAUAAAGAUGGUGAGGAUCACUUUGAUCGUGUCGUGUCUGCUUCUGGUGCCGCUCACAGUGCCGCUCAUCGGCGCCUCGUAUGUCCUCUUCCCGAUCCACGAGCGCGUCUCCAACUCCAAGCUCUUGCAACUCAUGACUGGCAUCUCGAGCACCACCUUCUGGGCGGCCAGUUAUCUCUUCGACCUCAUCAACCAUUUCAUCGCUUCCAUCUUCCUCUUCAUCAUAUUCGCCAUCUUCGACUGGAACAAAGUGUUCAUCGGCUCCACGAGCAACGGCGUCGGACUCUUCCUCAUGUUCUUCUUGUUCGGCGUGUCGGCCAUUCCACUGUCAUACCUGUUCUCUCUGCGUCUGAAGUUGCCGUCGACGGGUUAUGCGGUUCUGGUAAUCAUUUUGCUGCUCACGGGUUUGGUUCUUGUGCUCACUUUAGGCAUUCUCGACCUCAUGAUCUCCUUUGGCUCCACAUUCAUGACUCGAGAGACUUUGGACGCCUUGAUAAUGGCGUCGCGAAUUCUGCCCGUCUUCUCCAUGAGUUACGGCAUUCAGAAGCUCUACAAAGUGGGCUCUUAUCAGAAGGCCUGCAGAGACUCUUCGCCCGAACUGCUCAUCAAAGCCUGUAUGCCGGGGCUCAGGAAAGACGACCCCUAUUACGGCUGUUGUGAAGACUUGUGCCACAAGGAUGGCGAUUGUUAUUACGAACUCAACACUCUUCGCUUCGACGACAAGGGAGUGGCCGUCGAGUUCCUCUUCCUCAUAGGAACCGGUGUCUUCUUUCUCUUCCUUCUGUGGCUCAUUGAAGGCAACUUUGAGCGCAUUCUCUACUUCUUCGAGAACCGUCGCAAGAAUGGCAAGACUUCGGAAAAGCCGACGACGAACGGAGUGAUGAUUGACGUGACCACUGGUCAGUGGGUUCAGCCAAUGGCCGCCGAGGACUCGGACGUGACGGCGGAGAAGCGGCGGAUCGCGGAUUUGACGCAAAAUUUCGGACACCUGUCGAACGACGCGAUAGUUGUGAACGAUUUGAGCAAAAGGUUCGGGAAAUUGAUUCCCUUUCAAGCCGUCGAUCACUUGAGUUUCGGCGUCCAUAAAGAGGAGUGUUUCGGACUCUUGGGAGUGAACGGCGCCGGAAAGACGACCACUUUCCGGAUGCUGACCGGCGACGAGACCCUUUCGGAGGGCAACGCGUGGAUCCAGGGGCUAGGAUUGCGACAGGAGUUGAAGGCGUUUCAGAAACAGAUCGGCUAUUGUCCGCAAUUCGACGCUUUGCUCAACAGAAUGACCGGAAGAGAGACUCUGUAUAUGUUUUGUCGGUUGCGGGGAAUGAAGGAACGGGUGAUCGGGAACUACGUGCGCGAUUUGGUGGCAAUGGUUGAUUUGGGCAAACACGUGGACAAAUGCACGCAAACCUACAGCGGAGGCAACAAACGCAAACUGUCGCUCGCCAUCGCGCUCUGCGCCGCCCCUCCCGUCAUCUUCUUGGACGAGCCCACGUCAGGCGUGGAUCCGACGGCGAGACGCAAGAUAUGGGCGACUCUGGCGUCGCUUCAGGAGCGCUACGGUUCGGCCUUCAUUCUGACGUCACACUCGAUGGAGGAGUGCGAAGCCCUGUGCUCGCGAGUGGCCAUUAUGGUGAACGGCCAGUUCCAGUGCUUGGGAUCCGUUCAGCACUUGCGCACAAAGUUCGGCCAGGGAUUCACGGUUAUGGUGAAACUGCGCCGGGAUUUGGGUAUUCAUAAUGUGUUGUUGAGUAAGUGGUCGUGUUUUCACACCUGUGUUCUGUCACCAGUGGAUCAGUCGGCGUAUAUGGCGGACAUCCAGACGGAGUUCCAGAAGCGGAUGCCGUCGGCGGUGCUGAAGGACGUGCACCAGUGUCUGCUCCACUAUCACAUCGCAGACACGCGAACGCUGUGGUCGUCGAUGUUUGCGGCGAUGGAAGACAUGAAAGCGAAGUACAGUUUAGAGGAUUACGUCAUCAGUGACACGACUUUGGAGCAGAUCUUCCUGUCGUUCGCGCGAAAGCAGCGAUAA